UUAAACAGAAAAUUCAAGAAAGCACCGACAAGUGGCAUUGGCUUCACUACUGUGUCACAGGGUGCUUGAAAUUAAAACUCUUAUUUUUGUUGACAGGUUGCAAAACAAUCGAGGGUUACCUUGUUUCCCAAGGUGCACGUGUGCAGAGGUGGAGACUAAGGAGUGCCAUAAAGAGAGUCGAUCACAUUGGUAGGAGGCUAAGGUCUAUGAAUGCCAUCCGUAGACACGUGUAUAACGUACUUUCCCCACUGGCCCUCUGGCAUAUGGACGGGAAUCACAAACUGAUACCUGUCACCUAUCUCACUAUUUUGAUGACAUAUUUGUUGCUAUAAUUUAGAUCUCAAUAACUUUGCACCAUUUGUUUUAGGAGCAACCUCCCCCCCUCCCCCCUUCACAAGCUAUUAACAUAUACUUUCGGUUUGCCACUCUAUUCCUUCUCUUCUUAGAUGGCGAUUCGUGGUUCACGGCUGUAUUGACGGUUACAGUCGCUCCGUCGUUUACCUUAGGUGCGAUACGAAUAACACGUCUGACACAGUCUUGCGUUUCUUUGAGGGUGCGGUGUCUGAAUGGGGAUUGCCAUCACGAGUCAGGGGCGACAUGGGAGUUGAAAACAGAGAAGUGGCACAUGUUGAGCCAUAUAGCGAGAAGGCCCAGAAGAGGGAGUUACAUCACCGGACGAAGUGAGCACAACUCGCGUAUAGAAAGACUCUGGCGUGAUGUGUACAAGUUAGUCCUGUCCUCAUUUUACGACCUUUUCCUUUCUCUCGAAGCAUGCGGUCAGCUCUAUCCGGACAACGAAGGGCAUCUAUUUUGCCUUCACUUCACUUAUCUCCCAGUAAUCAACGAGGCCCUUUAAAAAUUUGUGCUAUCCUGGGAUAAUCGCAAAAUACGUACUGCAGGAAACAAAAGUCCUUUACAACUGUUCAUACUAGGGAUGCAAGAAAUUUCGGAAGAAAGUGGUAUUGUGGCAUCAGAAUACUUUCAAAGCCUUAUUCAGGUAAACGCAAUAAUGCAUAUGAUAGACAAAGUUCCCCAGGCAUUAAAGCCACACAGGUGAACAGUCUCAAGUGGCCUGCACUAAAUAUUGAGUUUUAAUUAACCACCCCUUCAAUUUAAAUACAGAUGACGAUCGAAACGAUGCCAAGAUUCCUUGUUUGCAAAGUUAAUUUAAGGCAGUCAUAACCAGUGUUUUGCGGUAUUUAAAUCUCCUUUCAACUAUAUUUCAGAGGGAAUUGGAGGGAUACAGUGUGGAUCCUACGGCUUACUUUCAUGACAGCACAGAUGAUGCACUACAGAAUGAGGUUGUUGUCCCCCCAACACGGUGUCCGUUAGAUGCUGAUUCGUUUACGAUUUUUGAGGCAAGCAUGUCAGAAGUCCAAGGCGAAGAUCCAUGGGACAUGUAUCAAUUGGCACUUUUAAACAGUAUAGUAAGUUAA